ACUCCUUCCGUGGCGCCCUGCACACCCAGUGACACUGAACCUGGCCGUGGCACCCGAGGAACAGCGCUAGCUUCCCUUCGGCACCUCACCGGCACCCCUCCCCCCAACCUGCCCCGGAGGGUGGGACUGCAGAGGCUUCCGUCAAAGAAGGAAGUGGUCCAGGCAGUGUAGAGAAAGCAACCCGGGAAGCGGAAUCCGUGCAGUGGCCUGGAGACUGACCCCUCUCCCGGCCCCCAACCCCAGGGCACAGUGGGGCUCACGCGGGAGGCUGGAGAUUGAACUGACCAACACGAGCUGAGUCACGGGGCUUGGGGGGUGGGGCGGUGUGGGGAGCCGCGCGGCCUUGGGGCCCUGGCCGGCGGGUGAUGAGGCCCCCUCUCUCAGGCACAGCGGUACCUCAGCCCCGCUGGUGUCCAUCGAGGAAGUGGAGAACCCCGAGUUCAUGGGCAAAGACGGAUUUGGCGCUGUCUUCCGGGCACAGCACAGGACUUGGGGGUUUGGAAGUGGCGGUGAAGAUCGUGAACUCGACCUGGUGCUCGGGAUGUGCUACCUGCACAGCCAGAACCCCAUGCUUCUACACCGGGACCUCAAGCCCCCCAACGUCCUAUUGGACUCAGAGCUGCAUGCCAAGCUGGAAGAUUUGGGCCUGUCCACGUUUCUGGGAGUCUCACAGACAGGGGCAGGAUCUGGGGAGUCAGGGAGCACCCCAGCUUACUUGGCCCCAGAACUGUUGGCUGAUAUAAACUGGAAGGCCUCCAUGGCCAGUGAUGUCUACAGCUUCGGGAUCCUAAUGUGGGCAGUGCUAGCCAGAAGAGAAGCUGAGAGUAAAACUCUAGGCAGACUCUGGGAUCCUUCACCUCAGGUGGCCUUCAUACUCUGGAUGUCUUCUCCUCACACCCACACCCCAGUAGUGGACCAUGAAUCACUGCAGCGGGAAGCAGUGUGUGAGAGGCAGAUCCGGCCUGCAUUGACUGAGCUGCCCCAGUCUGGCCCUGAUCCUGGCUUGGAAGUACUGAAGGAUUUAAUGCAGCACUGCUGGAGCCAUGAGCCCCAGAAGAGACCCUCCUUCCAAGAAUGCCGACCAAACACCCAGAAAGUCCUCGAUCUGGUAAAGAAAGGAGAUGUCUGUAAAAAGAUGAAUGCUGCAGUCUCCACAGUAAAGGAGUUCCUGUCUGAGCACAGGGGCAGCAGCAGGUUGUUGUCUGUCCUCAAGCCAGGCCCGGAAAGUACAGAAAAGGAUGGCCCUGGGGGAACCACAGGAAGCCAUGAUUCCAUGGUCUCUGAAAUGAUGAACCUGAAUCUGGAGGGGUACCCCAGGCCUGUUCCUGAAAAAUGUACAAACCUUCCUGAGAGCAUCAGGGCCCAGAGGGGGCAGGUUCAGCCUGCCUGGACAGCAGAGACCUCUUCAGAUUCAACAGCCCAACCUCCUCAAAAUCCAGAGACCUUACCUGUCAGAAACCAGAAGCCCAGCCCCACCUCGGCUUGGACCCCAGGUCCUGGACCCCAAGGGUAUCAGGGGGCUGAGAGACGUGACACCAACUGGCCUCCCAGGGCGCCAGGGCCAAAUCCAGUACCAGGGCCACGGUUUCCUACCGUACUUCAUAGCCAAGGGGUACAGAUUGGAAACAACAACCAUAUGAUUAUACAAGGAAGAACUGCCUCACCCCUGCAGGGCCUGGCACCUCGGGGCAUGGAUAGGGGCCCCCAGCACACCCCCAAGAUAGGUUCAAAAGAAGGACGGCAAGAACCGGAAGCCUGGAGUGGGCCACAGGGCUGGUAUCAUAAUAGCAGGAAUCGAAGCAGCUUCUAAACUGCCUCCUGGACUUGAGGCAGCUAGCCUAGACUUUCUCUGAGGGCCAUCAGGCCUGCACCCGAACUGUCUUUGUGGCCCCAGGAGUCAAUAAAUGUGGUGGAAUUUUGACCAAAGCACCACGACGAGGCUAAAGCUUCAGCCAGGGGCUGGAAGGGACGUGGAUGAGAGGCCGGGGAGCUGACAUCGAGGGAGUAGAAG